AUGUCCAAGGGCGCCCUGGCUCAACAGAUUGAAAUCCUCGAAGCUCAACUCGCAGCUGCCCUAGCAGAGAACGCUUCUACCGGUCGGGAUGGAUCUGAUCAAUCAGACGCGACGAGCCGCCCGUCACGUCCGCGAAAAUCUCAUCAAGAUAGUCAUCUCCAUGGGGUGAUUCGGUUUUUGACGCUGGGCAAUGACCCGAAUGGAGAACAGGCCUACCUGGGCCCAUCAUCGGGAGUCUCGAUGGUGGAAAAUGUUAGUCGAUUGGUUCAUGAUGCAGCUGGUGCGAAAUUGCUGCCCAUAGAGCCCGGUAGCCAGCAACCAGAAGGCCCGAUGGAAAGUAACGACGAACCGAAAGCGGCUCCACCUGACGAUCGGACGGGAUCCAAGGUCUUGGACGCAUAUUUCAAUAAUAUGCAUCGACGCCUUCCAUUUCUAGAUCGUUGUGAGAUCCUCAAGUUACAUGCCCGUAGAAAGCAGGUCGCGGGGAACAUGCCAGAGGAACAAUUUGGUCAGUUCAAAUUGUUCAUGGUCUAUGCCAUCGGCGCAGUUAUCCUGCAGGUAACCGAAUCGUAUGAAUCGACACCCCCAAACGCCUUUCUCGCCACUGCACUCCGGUUUGAUCCGACGUUGAGAGAAUCAAUCUCAAUUGCCAGUAUAGAGGCAAUGUUGUUACUGGUUUUAUACAACCUUCGAACAACCUCCAACUCCAGCGUUUGGUAUAUGAUCGGCCUAGCGAUGAGAACGUGUGUCGACUUCGGCUUACACAGAGAAGCGCGGUAUCGCAAACUGCGACCGCACGAGGCCCAGUUACAGCGCCGACUGUUUUGGAGUGUUUAUGUGACUGAGCGUUACACUGCAUGGUCGCUUGGUCGACCAUUUAGUAUUCCAGAAGAAGAGAUUGAUGCCCAGCCUCCGGUUAACAUGGAUGACUCGAUUAAUAACGACGAAUUGAUUGAUCGGAUAGUAAACAACCACACAAGCACCCAUGGCCAGCAAGGGCAAACUUCACUCGGCAAGUUCAUCGCGUCAAUCAGACUGCAAAGAAUUGUUUCUCAAAUACAUACACGUGUUUACCGAGUUGACAAGCACAUUUCGGCUCUCCUUCCAGAAAUUAGUCCGCUUAUGUCGGCGCUGCAGGAGUUUAAAGCGACGUUGUCCUCUCUCGACCUUGCCGAUGGUGACUUCGUUCACAUGCACUGGAAUAAUGCUAUCCGUAUGCUAUUACAACCGUUUCUCAGCACCUUGAAUCCACAAGAUGAAUUGAUCGGCACCUGUCUACACGCGUCUGGACAAAUGUGUCAGUUUUUCAAAAUAUUACGCCAAGGAGAUUCCUCCGGUCACUCAUACUUGCUAGUGAACUCGGUUUUCAUGGCAGGUUUAACAAUGUGCUUUUGCCUCUUUCGAUGUCCCAGCCUCUGGACUCCCGCAGUUUCAAACGACAUCCGCGCCUGCUCUUCAACGCUCUGCGUCAUGGCAGAACGGAAUCCCAGAUUGAAAAAGUACCGUGAUGGUCUUGAGAUCAUCAUUAACCGGGCAAUGGAGUACGUCGAAGAUGCAUACCAGGCAAACCGGGAUGAAGAUGGCAUAUGUUCCUCUAUGGCUACUGGUAACGAGCAGCCUAUGCAUUUGCCCACUCCUGAUCCGAUAUCGAGUUCCAAUCAUCAAAACAACACGCAGUCGUUGCAAUAUAUUGCGCCGCAAAGUCUCGGGGCUGAGAUAUACGACUGGCAAAAUACGGAUCUCUUCUCGGACCUGCCGGGCCUUCCGCCGAAUCUGCAGAGUCUAUUUACUGGUGAGCAUGCAGAUGUUCUAGACUCUUCCUUCCACGGUGCUUUUGCGGAGGGCUUUUGGGCUACUGAUCCAUUUCAUAUACCCUUUUCAGAGGAAGAAGCACAGUAG